AUGUCUGCCGCAUCAAAAUCGUUCUCGACCGUGUUGCUGGGGGGAGGAGUGGCCAGCGGCUACUUCGCUCGGGAGUGGAUCAAGGAAGGGGGCAAGGGGAGCGAUCUCGCCAUCAUCUCCGAUGACACGGUGGUCGCCUACGAGCGUCCUGCACUGAGCAAGGCCUACCUGUUCCCCGAGGGUGCCGCUCGGCUCCCUGGAUUCUACACCUCUGUGGGUGUGGGCGGGGAGCGUCAAGAUCCGACCUGGUACUCCAGCCACGGCAUCGAGUACCUGACGGAGACAGCAAUCAAAUCGGCCGACCUGAAGAACAAGACGCUCACGACUGAGGAUGGCACCGCCAUCUCUUUUGAGAAACUCGUCAUUGGCACUGGCGCUCGGGUGACCCGGCUGGAGGACUUCAAGACUCCAGGUGCUGACCUUGAGGGUGUCUACUACCUGAGGAAGGUCGCUGAUGCCGAUGCUCUUUUGGAGGGCAUCGCAGAGGCCAAGAAGAAGGGGCCAGAUGUUAACAUUGUGAUCGUCGGGGGCGGCUACAUUGGCAUGGAGGUUGGGGCCGGUCUGGUGAAGCAUGGCGUGAACCUGACGCUCGUCUUCCCUGAGAGCAGGCUGAUGGAGCGGCUGCUGACCCCUGAGCUGGCUGGAUUCUACGAGAAGUACUACGAAGGCAAGGGCGUCAAGCUGAUCAAGAAGGAUCUGGUGACGGCCCUGGAGGGCACAGACGGCAAGGUCACCACCGCCGUGCUGAAGAGCGGGAAGCGCCUGCCGGUGGACCUGGUGGUGGUGGGGACGGGCGCCCGGCCCAACGUGGAGCUGUUCAAGGGCGCCGUGGACCUGCUGGAGGGCCCCCCUGGUGGCAUCAAGGUGGACGGCAGGUUGCAAACCUCGGCGCCAGGCGUAUUUGCCGUGGGCGACGUGGCGGCCUUCAAGCCGGCCUUCACGGGGGAGCUCACACGCCAGGAGCAUGUGACCAAUGCAAGGCUGACUGGGGCGUACGUGGCCCGUGAGAUCCUGACCCCGGGCACCCAGCCCGAGUACGACUACCUGCCCUUCUUCUACAGCCGCGAGUUUGAUCUGUCCUGGCAGUUCUAUGGGCAGUCCCAGGGGGACCCCGUGCACUUUGGCGACCAGUCCAGCGGCAAGUUUGGCGCGUACUGGAUCAAGGAUGGGACCGUGGUUGGCGCUUUCCUGGAGAGCGGGAGUGAGGAGGAGAAUGCGGCCAUCAAGAAGGUCAUCCAGACCAAGGCCAAGGCCCCCAGCGACCUCCAGGCACAGGGUCUGGCCUUUGCGGCCUCUCUUUGA